AUGCCGGCACUGUAUCCUCCCCAAGCAGCUGCUAUCGCCAACAUCAAAACCGAAGCAGCAAUCCUUAAGCCACAGGCUCUCCAAACCAUAUCUCACAUUUUACGUAUGUCCAACAUCCCGAUAGAGAGGUUAAGCGAUAUCCGAAACACUAUUGUUCAGCAUGCCCGCAUUGCGCUACAUUUUCACCCCGAUCGCCCGUCUCAUAGCGGACGCAUCGUCGUUGAGUCUCUUCUAGAGGAUGGCAUAUACCGGAAUCAAUUCGAAACCGGCAUCUCCAACGGCCUAGUUGCGACUCAGCUUGGGGGAGCGCGCGAUGAAUGGGAGCGAAGUCUUUUCAGCGGAGCUUAUCAUGGCUCUGGCAAUUCAGACAUUGUGGCGGAAACCUUCAAUCCAACACUAAGACCGAAAUACGGUGCUUUGGACUUGAUGCGUAAUUCUGAUGGUCCUGCGCCGCGAUUUGGGUCCUGCUAUUUCUUACUUCGACCGGAGGUUUCGUCACGGUCUACAUUUACUUUUGGUGGUUCGCAGGCAGUUCCAAAAGAAAGGGGCACAGUGGAUGAAUUCGACGCGAUAUUGGCCGCUCUACUUGAAGAGUGCUUCACGCGAGACACCGCGCUGGGAGUAGAAAACAUGAGGCCGAGGAAAUUGGUGGAGUAUAUCGACGCAUUGAGCAAAUCGCCUCUCAUAGAAGAUAUUUACCAGAGACUGCCAAGCCGUAACCUAGAUCAUUUGAUCGAGGCGCAGAUUCACGGCGAUGUUCUUCUUUCACGAGAUGUCGAAGCUCUAGUGGUCGAUCCGUCAUUUUUCAAGCGGAGCAACACUGGGUCCCUUCUCCAGGCUCUCGGCCAAACAUAUGGAUUCCCCAUCUUUGUGCAUCGCGGAUUUCAGCUUUCAUCAGAGAAUGUUCCCAGUGACUUCCGAGGGCCAACGAUGCCGUCUUUGGCGGCUAGAAUUGCGUUUAACGGCAUCGUGGAUGCACGUGUUAUUGGAGAGGCAGUGAGAGAUAUGGUUGCUUACAAUGGGUUACUGGGGGACAGGGAAGAUUUGGGCGAAGGUUUGCAAGAGCUGAAGUUAUUGUGGCAUGUGUUAGUUCGGUACGGGUAA